AUGUCUGAAAAAAGGAAAGGAGAGAGUCUCUUCCCCAAUUGUGCGGAUCCGUAUGUCUGCGACAUGUCCAGUCUUGUUAACGACGUGGCUAGGAUUCAUCAAAGCGAAAUAUUCAGAGAUGAUGGGAACGGUCAAGAGGCAAAAGAUGAUCGCAUGGAAGAGGUUCCUACUAUUGGUUCCAACCUAGAAAGCGACAAAAAGGGAAUCCGAUAUUUCGAGCAGAAUAAGUGGAAGAAGAAAGCCAAGUAUGCAAAAAAGCUAAAACAGGUUCAUACUGAUCCAGCAAGCUGUAACAGACAAACUAGUGAUACAUUUGCUUCUCAUGUUCCAUUGAAUGCCACUCCAGUGUUUUGUUCUACUGUGAAGAGAGAAAAACAGCGUCUUCUUUAUGAAGGUGUUUCUACAGUUCCUCUGAAUGCUCUUCCGGAUUUUAGCCCUGUCCAUAUUGGACUUUCACCAACCACGAGAGGAGCUGGCGAUAUUAAGGUGAAUAGCUAUUUUAAGACAAAGAGAGAGUUGAUGUUGAGGAUGAAGAAAUGGGCUUUAGAGUGGAAGUUUGAGUACAAGACUGUCUCUUCUAACAAGUCAAGAGUGCUUUUGAGUUGUGUUGAUGAAAAUUGCACGUGGAGGAUGCGUGCUAUCAAGCUACCUCUUUCAGAUUUUUUCGUUGUUAAAAAGUAUGUUCAUGAGCAUACAUGUGAUACAACACACAGGAAAGCCAACCACAGACAAGCAUCUGCAAAGUUGUUGGGUUCUUUGAUUUGCAGCAAUUAUGGAGAAAAAAAGGAAGGUCUCAAACCGAAACAGAUCAUUGAACAGGUCAGGAUGCUGCAUGGUGUUCACAUCAAUUACAAACAAGCUUGGAGAUUGAGAGAAGAAGCUCAGAUUUUGGUUAGAGGGACUCCUGAAGACAGCUAUUACAAUUUGUCUAGGUGGUUGUAUAAAAUCACAGAAACAAACCCUGAUUCCUUGACUUAUCAACAUGUGGAUGCUACAGGAAAGUUCAAGUAUGCAUUUGUGGCUUUUGGUCCUUCGAUAAGGGGAUUCUCAUUGAUGAGGAGAGUUAUUGCAGUAGAUGGUACAUUUCUGAAGGGAAAAUUCAAUGGGACUUUAUUGGCAGCUUGUGCUCAAGAUGGGAAUUAUCAUCAAUAUCCUCUCGCCUUUGCAGUGGUUGACGCGGAAAAUGGCGCCUCUUGGAAAUGGUUCUUUAGAGGUUUGAGCCAGAAGAUCCCGGACGCUUCGGAUCUUGUUUUUGUAUCAGACAGGGCUAACUCCAUUUCUUCAGCGUUGGAGGAUGUAUAUCCCUUAUCUCACCAUGGAAUUUGCAGGAUCCAUCUGCUCCGCAACAUCACUCCUACAUAUGCGAAGACUGGGUUGCUACCUCUGGUGGAAAGCGCUGCUGAUGCCUAUACGUGUCACGAGUUCUGGUUAAUAUUCAAGGACAUAAAGGAUAAAUGUCCUGAAUUGGCUAAGUAUCUGGAAGAUUCUGAUUUUAGGAAGUGGGCACGAAGCUAUGCGCCUGCGAACAGAUUGACGAUGACCACUUGGUUUUUUGAGCGACGCGAAGCGGCUGCGAAACAUAAGCACCUGGUUACUCCAAAAGUUGUGCAGAAAUUGGUAUCUAGGUUAGGGGCCGCAAUGUUGUUGAAUGUGUAUCAAGUUGAUCGAAGCGAGUUUGAGGUGAAGAAUGAAACAAUGAAGUUUGUUGUUGACUUGGAGAAGCGGCAUUGCACAUUUUCAAUGGAAGGGUCAAAGAAGAUGAUGAAGCGUCCCAUAAAGGAGGUUUACGGAUCUGAUGCUUCCGAUGGUUUCAACAAAGGAAAGGCGGAAACUGUGGAACGUUACAGGGCUCUUCUUCGUUUGUCCAACGAACACAGGCUAUCUGAAAUUGAAUGGCAUCAAGCAGCCAGCAAAGCAAAUUCCAUUGCUUCCCAAAUCGAGUUAAGUUGCCUCAUUGUUAAGUUGUUCAUAUGCUUGAUCUGUAUUGGCUUCACCUUGUCUGGAAGCCGUCUCAUGAAAUGGAGUUGUGUCAGUCUGUGCAAGUACAACAAAAAUUAG